AAUUAAAUGGGCUUUGAGUUGCUUUCUUGGGCUUCGGUGGGCUUAGUCUCAAAACAGUAGCAAAGCACACCGGUGACUCCAUCGUCGACGUGAACGGUGCUAAUGGUUUCUGAAAACCUUUUUGGUGAAGUCGUUCCUGUACUCUAAAACCAGGUUCUACUUUAUGGUUUCUGAAACAACGUGAAUUAAACUUUGUCUGAGCGCAGAAUAGUACGAUGUAUUUGUCUUCUUGUUCAUCUGGGAAUGCUUAGUUUCUUCUUCUUUUUUUCUUUCAAUAGAAGCAAAAAAUGUUACAAACCGAACAACAAGCAACUGUUCUUGUUCCCAAAUUGCUGAAACUCCCACCACUCAAAGCUCUUACGCUCUUCACAUCCUCAACAGAACAAGGCUUCCAACAAACUCAUCAAUCAUUUUCCAUAAUCAUAGAUCAACUUCUCUCAUGCAACGCGCUCUCACGCGCUCAAUCGCUCAUCUUACAGUUAGUUUCUGGUAAAAUCACUUCACCCCAUUUCACAGUGUCUUCCUUGCUUCACCAUUUGACACAUACCCAGUUCUUAAAUUCUACUCCUUUAUAUGAAAUCAUCAUUACUGCCCAUGUUCAAUCUCAAUUAGUAGAUAAAGCUUUGAUCUUUUUUAAUCAAAUGAUUGAUAAAAAACUUGUACCUACAUCAAAUACUUUUAAUAGUAUACUUUCUUCUCUUAUAAAGAAUGGAUUCUUUGAAAAGGGUUGGUCUAUUUUUGAAGAAUCAAUUGGAAAGGAGUUCUUGGAUAUGCAUAGUUUUGGGAUAGUGAUAAAGGGUUGCUGUGAAAAUGGUGACUUGGAUGGUGCCUUUGAGGCGUUAGCCAAAUUGAAAAACUUGGGUUGGCUCCCGAAUGUUGUAAUAUAUACAACAAUAAUCGAUGGAUGUUUUAAGCAAGGUGAUGCUGGACGAGCAAAGGAGUUGUUUAAUAUAAUGUCGGCUGAGGGUAUCGUUCCUAAUCAGUACACUUAUUCUGUUUUGCUUAGUGGUUUCUUUAGGCAAGGGCUUAAAACUGAUGGCUUUGAGCUUUAUGAGAAGAUGAAGCUUGACGGAGUGUUUCCCGAUAUAUAUACUUAUAACUCUCUUAUUAAUGUGUAUUGCAGCGAUGGAAAAGUUAACAAAGCGUUUGAAUUAUUUGAUGAAAUGCAGCGUAACGGGGUAGUGUGCAAUGUUGUAACUUACAACACUUUGAUUAGAGGGUUAUGCCAAGAGAAGAGGGUAUCAGAAGCUGAGAAAUUAUUGGAACGAUUAAAGCAGGCUGGCUUGCACCCUAAUUUGGUCACAUACAACACUCUAAUAGAUGGGUAUUGUAGCGCUGGAAAGCUUGAGAAAGGAUUAGUUUUGUUCAAUCAGAUAAAGUCCAGUGGAUUAACACCUACUUCAAUCACAUAUAAUACUUUAAUUGCGGGUUUCUCUAGAGCUGGAAAUCCAUCAAGGGUUGUUGACUUUGUUCGUGAGAUGGAGGAAAGAGGCAUAUUUCCUUCAAAAGUCACAUACACAAUUCUAAUUGAUGCAUUUGCUCAAUCGAAAGACAUGGAAAAAGCACUUGAAGUGUUCUCGCGUAUGCAUAAAGCUAGUUUGAGUGUGGACCUUCGUACAUAUGGUGUCUUGAUACAUGGAUGGUGUAGUCAAGGGAAUAUGAAGGAAGCAUUGAAGUUGUUCCGAUCAAUGGCUGAACAUCAUCUGAAGCCUAACGAUGUAAUAUAUAAUAUGAUGAUAUUUGGAUACUGUAAAGAGGAAAGUUCGUAUAGAGCCUUGAAGCUGCUCAAAGAAAUGGUUGAGAAUGGAAUGGUUCCAAAUGGAGCAAGCUAUUGCUUGACAAUUGAAGCUCUUUGUAAUGAUGGGAAAUGGAAAGAGGCCAAAGUUCUUGUCAAUGGCAUGAUAAAAUUUGGUCUAAAACUUUCAGUUUCAUCAUGUGAUCUGAUUCAAAAGGCAAUGAACAUGACAACUUAAGUAUAUUGUGAAGGUGGUCCCUAAAUUAUUUGCACAGAAUGAGCAACGGGAAUGAACAUUAACUGAAAAAGGGGUGAAGCCUAAAACACCUCAGAAUGCCUUGUGCUCAGUAUCAUGGGAAGCUUCACUGCAACUAACACCUUUUGGUAUUGACCGCCCUUCUGCUAAAGAUUAUGCAGACCACUUAAUCACAAGCUUACUCUGAUUCUUGACAGAAAAGAAAAGAGGAGGCCUUCUUAAACACGUUUGUAAAUGAUUUGGAUAUUAUACUUACUACAGAAGUCUUGUCAACUUGGGAGUUCGGUAACAGCUGCAUGCUACUUUUUUUCAUCAUAUGAGGCAUCAGAAAAACUUGUUCAUCUGUGUAGACCUGUCUCAGAUUAGGUUGAAGAUACAAACUAUAAUAGUUAUUAGGGUCUCUUGUUGUUGUUAGUGCUGUGUUUUCUCUAUAAAAGGAGCUUAAUGAAGUUGGGAUUACUCUUUUUGGGUGGGAGAUGAGGUGUUGGGCUCACCAAAGUUCUUGAACCAGCCAAUAGAGCAGCUGAUCUUUAUUCUUCAGACCAUUCAUCUUAUAUUAAAGGGCAAAUUAAUAUUUUGGACAGGUCAUUAUGCAUGCAAGAGUUUAGCUAAAGUAUCUGAUCAUUAUAAUUGACGAAAGACUUUACUAUGUCUUA